AUGAAUAACACCUUUAAUGCAUUUCAAAUGAAAGGUACACCUGAACUAUCCAGCAAAAGGAGACAUAUUAAAUUAAAGAAAUCUAUGAUAUUACCUGAUGACACUUUAGAAUAUUGGGGAUUUUUCCUGUUUGCUGGAGCAACAGUUGAUUUAAAAGCUUGUUCUAGAUAUGAAGGUUCCAAAAUAUUAGUCGUUAAAGGCGAAAAAAUACUUGAUACUUGUGGAAUACUAGAUGGUAGAAAAUACAAAAAGGACCCAUCCUUAAUAGAUCCAGAACAAGUAUCAGUAACGUUAGAAAAUCCAAAGGGAAAUAAUAAACAUACUACUGAGAUUUCUCUGGAUCACAAGAAAAAGUUAGAUAAAGAACAAGUGUUCAGUAAUUUGCGAGAAGAUACAAUGAAUAUAAAUUUCAAUAAAACCGUUUAUAAAAGAUCUGUUGGAAACCCACAAUUGCAUAAUCCAAACACUGUGCUAGACACUGGGGUUUAUCAUGGUGGUAAUGCAAACAAUACUCCUUCCAUAACAGAAGAUGCUUCAAUAUCUAGUUUCGAAAAUAAUUUGCACGAGUGUUAUCACGAAAACAUACUUAUGAAUAAUUUUUUCCCUUAUUCUAAGGAAUGUAAUAGUACUAAUUAUUUGGAAAAUACUACGACUUUAAAAGUUGAGCAUAAAGUGCUGACCGAUGGUUAUUAUUACUAUAUAUUUUAUAGUGACAACGAUAUGGUGAAAAAUGAUAUUCACGUAAUAUUUGAUAUCUACAAACCAACAUUCCAAUAUACAAAUAUGUCUGAAUCAAAGGUAUGUCUCAACAGUACAGAAUGUGAAUUUGAUAUAAGCAUGUUUAGCGAUGAAUUAGUAAUUGUGGAAGUGCCGACAACGGAUGGUUUUAAAAAUGAUAAUUCUUUUAUUUUGACAUCAGUAUGUCGUCCACGUACUACAGUCUAUAUAUUUUUCCCAGUAUCGGUUUUGUUGUUAAUACUUCUUUUUGCAUUUUUAUGA